AUGACAGACAGACGCUCAUUCUCGUCAUAUCCCACCAGGGGAGCUAUCCUCUAUACACCACUCAGUCCGGCCAACGAUAGAUCGCAGCCAGUAAGACUUCCCUCGCCGCCGUGUCGUCCAAGACAACGAAGACCGCACUUGAUACAUAUAACACGUUUACCGGCCGGCUUUAUACCGCUCGACCUUCGAACCCCGCCGCUUCUUGCCGGACCGAAGAAGCCUUCGCGCUUCCGCAUACGCCUCAGAACGCUGGCUUCGCGAGAGAGAGCAAAACGGGUGCUUGGGGCUCUCUUCUCGCCGUUGCCCUCGUCGACCGCGUCGACCGCGUCCUCCGCGCCGGCGGGUUCCACGAGGUCCGCGAGCCCGGCCACCGACAGGUCAGUGAGGAGCUCGCUGUCAGCUGCUUCAGCGGAUCCGGGAACCAUAUACUCGAGGAGGGUCGCGGCAGGCACGGGUUUGGGUGAUUUUCCAAUGUCAGGACGGCCGAGUCUUGAUUUGCCCGGGGCGGAAAUUCCCAACCCGGCACCGUUGAUGCCAUUGAAAUGUAGUGCUGAGCCAGAGAAACCGAUAUGUCACGGCAACGGGGUCGCGUGCUACAUCCACCUCGCCGAACCAGUAAUAUAUCUAGCUGGCCUUGACCACGAUGGCACGACGCGAGACACUGGAUCGAAUUCUACGGCAAUAUUGAGAGGAACGCUACAGCUCGUUGUCACUAAAAGUGCUAAAAUCAAGGCGGUGACACUUCGAUUUACAGGAAGGGCGCGGACGGAGUGGCCCGAAGGAAUACCCCCAGAAAAGUCCCAAACUUUUGAGGAAACCUCCCUCAGGACCCAAGUGUUACCUUUCUUCAAUGCGAUGUAUGAAGGAGCAGAAUCAGGAUAUGGCACGCAAUGCAACUACUCGUUUCGGGAAAAGUCCGCAUCCUCAUCCGUCACCAACUUGUCGAAUACUACUUUGGACCUCGAUAGCUUGUCCAACACAACUACUCAGAGCGGGUUUUCAUUACCAUCGCUAAAUGUUAGACCAUACAGAUCAAGCACAUUAACGUCUUCCAAGGAGAUGAAGAGGUUGUCGCUGCAAUGUAACCAGUCCCGCAGCUUUCAGAAAGGAGAAUCACCAUUCGGACCGACUCCGCAGCAAAAGGGCUACAAAGUAUUCCAUCCAGGGGUAUACGAAUACAGCUUUGAGCUGCCAAUUGACAACAAUAGCCCUGAGACGAUCAAAUUGCCGUUGGCUUCGGUAUCUUGGAUGCUGGAAACCAUCGUGAAGCGCUCGGGUACGUUCAAGCCGGAUCUUCAAGGAUUCAAGGAGAUACCCGUCAUUCGGUCGCCAUCCGAAGACUCGUUAGAGUUGGUCGAGCCGAUCUCGAUUAGUAGAAAAUGGGAGGAUCAACUACAAUACGAGAUAAUGAUUUCUGGGAAAUCAUUCCCUUUGGGUUCCAAGAUUCCCAUUGCAUUCAAGCUUACGCCAUUAGCAAAGGUGCAAGUUCAUAAGAUCAAGAUAUACGUCAGCGAGAUUGUGGAAUAUUUUACAAACAAUAGGAGGGUGACGAGAAAGGACCCUGUUAGGAAGUUGCUAUUGCUCGAAAAGGUGGCCGGGAAACCAGUGAGCAAAGAGUUUGUGGGCUCGGAGGUGAGAGUGAUUGCUGGGGGCGAGCUGAGCGCCGAAGAUCGGGCACAGGCACGAGCUCAUGCUAUGAGAAGAAGAGAAUAUGAGGCAAUGGGAACUGGCGUAGAUGCGGAACCACUUCCCGAGCCAACGCAAAACAUCCUUGGCGAUAUCGAUCUUGGUCUAGAGAAGUUUUGGGGCCAGACGGAGAUAGAGAUGAAUGCGCAAUUGCCGACCUGCGAAAUGAUGGAAAAAGAGAGGCAGAAGCGGUUAGUCCCUGAUUGCACAUGGAAAUGCGCGGGCGUGCACCACUGGAUUAAGAUUAUAAUGCGCAUAUCUCGAGUAGAUGUUGAUGACCCAACUGGGAAAAAGAGACGUCACUUUGAGAUAUCUAUCGACUCUCCGUUUACAAUCCUUAGCUGUCGGGCGACGCAGGCUAACCUGGCGCUCCCCGAAUAUGGCUCUCAUACUAGCUCUCAAGAGCGGCAGCGAGUGUGCGGAUGCCCAAACGCUGCAGCCAGCUCGAUUGGCAAUGUAUCGAUACUCGACAAUAUCCCAGUUAGCGCUGAGAGCGGUGUUCCCGGCCUCUCGCGGCCGGCCCAGGCUCAUUUGCCCAACCAUGCGACUCUGGAAAGACCCAUUCAUCUACUGAGACAACCGAGCUUCAAUCCGCCUUCGUUCGAUGAUGAGGAACCUCCACCGCCGAUCGCAACCCCGCCGCCGCUUUAUGAUCACGUCAUUGGCACACCAAGUGUUGAUGGGCUUGCCGAUUAUUUUGCGAGACUAAGUCAACACGAAGAUGACCAUGACAAUACCGACGACGAAGACUCACACAAGUCUUUCACCCGGGGCCGUGUGAACGUCCCGCACCCACGGACACCUGGCGGAAGACUCGCAAGAUCAAUGGAUAUCGAUCGAGAGUUUAUGUUUAACCCUGAGGCGCUGAGAAACCGCCAAGUAGCAAACCAAGCGCCUGUCAACUAA